AUGGAAAUGUGGUUUUGGAUAGUUGUCCUGAGUAUAACUCAAUUUGUUUUAAUAACGUACUCAAUAUAUCACUUUGAACCAAUCUACAACGUAUUUUUUGCCACUUCAAAUGGAAAAAAGAUAAUUUCAGAUAAGUUCUUUUUCCAACUCACAAACAUUGGAUAUUUAUUCACAAUUUUGACUUUGUGUGUUUAUAUUGCUAGUUACAAGUAUGAAGGGCUCAGAGUUGCAUAUAGGCAGAUGCUUCCUUUGAUUUUUGUUAUCCAAAUUAUAAUAACGGCAUUGUUUUGGAUCUUGUUUUUCAAAAAUCCCAGCUUAGUAGUUGAUGGCAAACGGCCAUCACAAGCAUGGUAUAAGCAUGUAUUCUAUGAAUCUCCCAAGCAUCUGAUUCCAUUUUUGGUUCUUUUUAUAGGCGUUAUCAUUGAGCAAUGCCCAGAUAUAGAUUCCAAUAAACUAACUAUGCUUUUUACUUUCAUUCUAUAUUACUGGGGUCUGAGCGAAUUCUAUGCAUUCACAAGAGGCAGAUACUUGUACGGUAUUUUGGGCCGAUUUAAUAUUUACCAAAGGCUGUUGAUGUUUCUAUUGGUAAUGAUUAUGGCAAUAUUUAUAUACAUGUCACUAUCAUGGCUGCUGAACCAGCCAAAAUUUAUAUACUAUAGAGCAGUUUCUCAUUACAAUUUAUACGAAAGUCGUUCAAUGGCCUCCGCAAAUAUGACUAGUGGUAGCCUAAUUAAUUAA